CUUUCUUCAACUAACAUAUUGACGCUCUCAACCUACAAAACAAAGUGUUAAAUGGAAACCAAAUAAAACGAUAAUGAACUCAAAAUAUAUCAAAUAAUUGUGCAAAACGCCUGCCAAAAUGCAGGCAUUGUGUGUGAAAUUACGCAAAUAAAUAUUAACCGAAAAACUGAACAGAUUGAAAUCAUUAUAAUAAUGCAUCAUCAGCCGAGGGCAAAUGUUUGCCGAACAGCUGCUUGAAUAAUUUGCCAUAAAUCAACGAUAGGACAACACUUUGGACCCUAGUUUUGCAGCAGUCGCUCCUUGGUAAUUAAUUAUUAAUGCAUCUGAAGAGAAGGCUGUCCGGCGAAGCUGUCCUUGGCAGCGACACUGCUGCACUGAAUGACGUCCAGCAAUCACAAUAGACGAUAGACGAUAGCAACAACAACAGAAGGUGGUGCUGCUGCUGUUGCUGCUGCAACAACUACUGCAACAAUGGCCAGUGGCAACAAUGAAACUGCGCCGCUUUACUGCGGCAGCGGCAUGGAUAAUUUCCAUACAAGCUACAAAAACAUGCAUGGCUAUGUCUCACUGGUGGUCUGCAUCUUGGGCACCAUAGCCAAUACCCUGAACAUCAUAGUUUUAACCCGCCGGGAAAUGCGAUCCCCAACGAAUGCCAUACUCACUGGAUUGGCAGUGGCCGAUCUGGCAGUUAUGCUGGAAUAUAUACCCUACACUAUACACGACUAUAUCCUUACGGAUAGUUUGCCUCGAGAGGAGAAACUCAGCUAUAGUUGGGCCUGCUUCAUCAAGUUCCACUCGAUCUUUGCCCAGGUUUUGCAUACGAUAUCCAUAUGGCUUACAGUAACACUGGCCGUUUGGAGAUAUAUAGCCGUGGGUUAUCCCCAAAAGAAUCGAGUGUGGUGUGGUAUGAGAACUACUAUAAUAACAAUAACUACAGCCUAUGUGGUAUGCAUAUUGGUGGUUUCUCCCUCACUAUAUCUCAUCACAGCCAUAACCGAAUAUGUGGAUCAAUUGGAUGCCAAUGGCAAAGUUAUUAACUCCAUACCCAUGACACAGUUUGUGAUUGAUUAUCGGAAUGAGCUAAUGAUGAGUGCUAGGGUGGCGGCUUUGAAUGCCACGCCGAAUGCAUUGGCACUAAAUGAAACUCUCUGGUUUAAUGUGAGUUCAUUGCUUACAUCAACAACAACGACGACAGUUGCGCCACCGAUAUCUACCCCAUCGCCGGUGGUGAGAAAUGUUACGGUUUAUAGGUUAUAUCACAGCGAUUUGGCUCUGCAUAAUGCCUCGCUACAGAAUGCCACCUUUCUUAUAUACAGUGUUGUGAUCAAGCUAAUACCCUGCAUAGCACUCACUAUACUAUCGGUACGUUUGAUUCUGGCUUUAUUGGAGGCCAAGAGGCGUAGGAAGAAGCUGACCAGUAAACCGGCUCCGACUGCCUCAAGUAAUGGCACCAAAUCCGUGAAUAAUGGCAAGGCAGCAGACAGGCCAAGAAAAAAUAGCAAAACUCUGGAGAAGGAGAAGCAAACGGAUCGCACUACUAGGAUGCUGUUAGCAGUCCUGCUCCUCUUCCUAAUCACAGAGUUUCCGCAGGGCAUAAUGGGUCUGCUGAAUGCCCUUCUAGGCGAUGCCUUCCUUGUACAGUGCUAUCUUAGACUGAGCGAUCUGAUGGACAUUUUGGCCCUCAUAAACUCUAGCAUCAACUUCAUCCUUUACUGCUCGAUGAGCAAACAGUUUAGGACCACCUUUACCCUACUCUUUCGUCCAAAAUUCCUGGACAAGUGGCUGCCAGUGGCCCAAGAUGAAGUGGCUGCCGCACGAGCAGAACGAUCAGCGGUGGCUCCAACAGUCCUGGAGAAAGGUAUACGAAAUCCCCAGGUGGUGACAGCCACCACCACCACGAACAUCACACAGGUGACGAAUCUGUAGCAUAGGAAUCGUGGCCAUCGAGGCAAUCGCAGGACACUGCUCAGUCGUCUGCUGAGUGUCCUGAAGCGACGCAGACGAGAGCCUGGCGGAGGAGGAGGUCCUAUGGCAGGACCUGUGUCCACCGUAGAGCCAGCAGCGGAUCCUCUGGCCCUACAAUUCCAGGCAAUUGUUGUGGUUGUGGACAAAGUGAGUGGGGCAACGGAUCAUCAGCUUUAUACAGCUGAUCAAGCUCGAACUGUGACGUAGUUACUCUAAACUGAUGAAAAAAACCAUGAUAAUAGAUAUGUUGUAAGGAAAUCCAUGUAAAAACUUAACUAGUUGUGUAAUCUCUAAUUGAGUAAGAUAAACCCAGGAUAGACACGAUUUUCUUGCAUACUUUGAAGCAUUGUAAAAGCUAAAAAUAACACUAGCCUGCAAAGUAAGGAAUACUCUGGAAUUGGAAGUAGUUUAUGGUGUGUUACUUUUCUUAAUAAUGGAAUUUUCUUUAUAUGUUAAAAAUACUAUGGUGUUUAAAGGUUUCAAGUUUUAAUAGGUGAAGUUCAUUUUUUCAAUAAUAUUUCCCUUUUAUUAAGCAAAUUUCCUACAAUACGACGCUACCUGAGAGCUUAAUUAUACAAAGUAAAUCUUUUAUAAGGUUAAGAUGAAUAAUAAAAUUAAUUAAAUAAAGAU